GGAGAUAGUUGGAGCUGUGAUGCAGGUUGAAGACUCCGCGUCACUUAAGAAAGAGCUUAGAGGCGUUACGGGAGAACAACCAUCCUGUGCAGCGAGAUUCUGGGUAUCAGACGUUGUCCGCAUUUUUGCAAGUUCUUCCUCUUCACCUUCUGAACUGAGGUUUUGGUUUACUUUACCUACCUGAUGAUUUUGUCGCAUUAGUUUUGCAUGUUUGCUCUUCGUCUGCCAUCUCACUCCAAAAGUACAUCAAUAUGAGCUUCUGGGACGAUCCAGUCUUCGCUGGAACAGCACAACCAAUUUCCGCGACAACAGCCGAUACCACUCUGAAGCAGUCAGUUGGCAAGAUCGAAUUAACGGAUGAUCAACUACAACUAUACAAAGAGGAACCACCCAAAUUCACCAGUUGGGAUGGGUUCUGGGCUGACCCAGUAUUCGCGAAUGUCGCUGGAAGAGAAGCACCUCUUCCCGAAGGGGAGACCCGUGAGUUCUGGAAGUACGAGCUAGAUGAGUCUGUCUCACUCAGCUCGCUUUUCCCGGAUCUGUCAUCUACAGCAUUUGGAUCGGUCGCCUUCCGGAAAUCGGCCAUCGAGUGGUGGUCAAAGCCCAUUCUCGACAAGCCAGCUGGAUUAUAUCUCCGGACUGAGAUCGAGUUCAAUGGUCUGCUCGAUGGGAUAUUCGAAGUUUUCAAGCAGUUCCUUGGCGAUGAGGCAAAGCCAACGCUCCGGAUUUCUGCGUAUCUUGGGGUUACACAGGUACCGGAUGGAACGUAUGCCUCAGAUGGUCUGACAUUCGAGGGUUCGUUGCUUGGCUUGAAGUCUCAAAUGCCACCGGGGUUAGAGCUUGUCACCAUCCUCUCUGUAGGGGUACAGGUCAAUGUUGGGAAGACCAACACCACCACGGAAAUCGAAUCGUUCGUUGCACCUGCAAAGUCAGAAGAUGUUAGCUGCGCUAUCAUCGGCGAACUGCAUGCUUCUUUCCCUGGAUUGACUGGUCCACUCUUGUUAGCAUACAAAGCCUCUCUUGGAGAGACCUUCUUGAGACUGGAUAUGACCAUACCUGGGGACGGAAAAUGGAGGAGCCCACUUGGUGUUGAGUCAUUGCUGCUCGAUGAAGCGAAAUUCUCGAUCAACAUCCCACUGCCAAAGACGGUCGCCAAGCCGAGUGACGACACAGUCCUAGCUGCGUCCAAACAGGAUGUUCAAGCCCUAGCACCAACAACCGAGUCCCAAGAGCAGACAGCUUUACUCCCAGGUGGAGCAACGGCAGCUCAGCUUGACGCAUCGCUAUCCUUUACUGUGUCGGCGAAAUGGAAGACUUCCAGCAAUGGCGUGGUCAAACUGACUGGUGCUAUAUACAAACAGUAUCCCGAUGCAUCAUACAUCGAAGGAACAUUAGAGAGAGUCACCUGGAGUGACAUAAAGAAGCUGUUUUCCGAUAUUCACGGCGAGGAUCUGGCAACUUCCGAUCAUGAGAUCACCUGCGAGAAGCUGACUAUCAGGAUCUCCAAAGCUCAGCUUCUGCUCAGAGGGUCGCUUUCCAUCGAUGGGAGGCAUUUGGCCGCAGCCACCAUCGCCAUCACCUCUGCCGGUAUUCUCAUCAGAGCAGAUGUGCAUGAGUUCUCCAUAGAUGACGGCUACGUCACUAUUCAUGAUGCUUCGCUUACCCUGAUGAUUGGCAAAGCGGCUACUACAGCCUCUCCUGAAGGCAAGGAAAAGCAGCCAGAGACAACUCAGAAAGGCUGGUAUGGUGGACUCGAGGUCGCUGGUCGGAUCACGAUUAAAGAAGGUGUCUCCAAGCCUAUGGAUAUCAGAGUCGUCUUCACUGGUGGAAAGCAGAACGGAAAGAUGUUUUGGGUGCUUUGUGGUAGCAUGGACUCUGAUGUGUCAUUGAGAGACAUAGUGUCUUCUAUCGAUGAGCAUUCCGAGCUUGAUCUUCGACUAAAGUCUGUCUGUCUUGUGGCCUCUAACAUAGACAGUCCCAAGUGUCAUCUCAACACAAACGGCUACGUGAUUAGGCCUGGGUUCUAUCUGUGGGCUACUUUACAGAAGAUACCGUGCAUUCAGAUUGGUGGGAAGGUCAAAGAGCCUGCAGCAGGCGAUACGACACAGCUCUCUAUUGGUUGGAAGAAAGGCAGCAAAAUUCCAAACGUCUCGAUCUUCUUACCGAAGUCCUUGAAGAUCGACAUCGGCCCACGUUUCAGGACGAACAGGUUCGAGCUCCAGAUUGGUAGUGACCGUAGCCUGCGCUUCGUGGGGGGCUUCCAGGUGCGCAUGGACGACAAUACCGAGUGGCUACAAUUUGAUCUUGCCACGGAGGUCAAGGCAUUGGAGGUCGCUGGUGAGCUGGUAUUCACUGGACAUAUCAACAACCCUUUCGGACUCAGCAAGGAAAUCACGAUUGGCCCAAAGCUUGCUUUAGGAGUAAAAUUCAAAUGGCCUGUACUCGUGGCGACAGGUCUACCUACGGGUGGUGGUAUUCUAGGCUCCUUCUACCUUGGUAAGGUCAGCCCAGACAACGCAUAUGGGAUGGCGCUCUACGUCUGUGAAGAUCCCAAGGACAUGCUGAUCAAAGUCAAUACACCAUCCAUGGACUACUACAAGCUGAUCCAGUUUGUCGGAGCCAUUAUGGACAGAGAGGUACCUGCCACAGACAUGGAGAUACUUCAGCUCAAGGAUGUCGAUAUCUACGCCAGUGGAGGGGUAGCUUUUGCGGGUGACUAUUACCCCGCGGGCAUUCGGUUCAAAGGGAAAAUCAUUGUGUUUGAUCAUGAGGCGGGCAUGGACUGCUCGCUCACUACCGAAGGACUUCGACUGAAAGCAUGGCUUCAAACCAUCGAGCUCGGACCACUCAGUAUCGGCGGUACUAUGACACUACCAGAUAAACCUGGUGUAACUUUUGCGUUGUUGGAUCUGGAGCUUAGUAUGACGACACAGAAAUUCAUACUCAACGGCUUCGUGAAGAUCUUCAACCUCUCAGCAUCCAUCGACCUACAUAUACAGCUCAUGCCAGAUCCAGCCUUCUUCUUCAACUUCGAGUUGCUAUGGAGCGAUCUUCUCAGCAUCAAAGCGAAGGCUUUUAUGAUCAGCAAAGGUGAAGAGAAGAGCCUCUCGAGGAAGCUCGCAAACGCGGACUGGACUAUUGAUGUAGCUAUUGAGCAACAAAUUAUCCAGAGGAUGGUUGAGACGAUACGAACGGCCUUGGAGAAAUUCCACGCUGCUGUGAAAGCAAAGAUCGCGGUCGCUCAUGGAGCAGUUGCGGCAGCUGAGGCAGAGUACAAGGCCGGAAUCGAAGAAGCGCAAAAGACCUUGAUAUCUAAGCGUUCUGAGUAUAACCGACGCCACAAUGAGCUUGAUGACAAGAUCGCGGCACUGGAGCGUGAAGCCAACUCUGGGAUGAGCGCACGCAAUAAAGAUAUCCAAGAUGCGAAAACCAAUGAAACAAAGUCGACACAGGAAGCACGCCUCGAGCGGGACAGAAAGGUGUAUGAAAAAGAGAAUGAAGUCAAUGCGAAGAGGAACGAAUACGAACAUCAGGAGCAAAAGGGUCGCCACGAUGAAAAUGCUGCUCUAUCUGCAAGAGAGCUCAGGAAGCAAGACUUCUAUGCGAAAUUCGGUGAAGCUGACGCGUCACUUCAACGAGCACUGAACGAGUUGUCCAACGCAAACCGUUCAGUCGAUUCGAUCCGUGGUGAAAUCGAUCAUGUCGAAUGGCAAUUGAAAAACGGACCGUGGUAUCGUGCUCCAGACUUGGGCAUUCAAGCUGGCGCACUAUACGCCGCGUUGGGAACAGCGAAAGCAGGCUUAGCUAUUGCAGAGGCAUCUGUACAGUUGGUCAAAGACACAAUGAACUCCGGACCAUUCCAAAGCAUGAAGCAGGUAUGGUUAGACGCCAGCGAAGUCUUCGAAACAGUAAAGACGAUGGCCGCCAAAGCUGUACAAGAGGCCCUAAACCAGUUGAAGAUCGCGGAAGGCUUGUUGUCAGCUGCAAAGUCCGCAAUCGAGGGCGACUUCGAAAAAGCGAAACGGGAAGCCAGAGAAGUGGUCGACAAAGCGCAGGAGUCAUACAAAACCUACAAGGAGGCGCAGCGUAUUGAAGGAGAGAAGUUGCAAAUCCAACUAGAACAGCUCAAGAACAGCACGCAGGCAGCCGCCGUUACCACUGCAGAGGCAGCGCUCGAGGUCGCUAAGAACAACAACAUCGCCUUCAAAGCUGCACAGGCGGGUCUCGACGCUCUCGACACAAUCAAUGAUGCUGUCUACACAACACUCGAUGCAGCGGUACAGGCUGCGGGAACGAUAUGCGACAUCAGGGUGGCUCGGCUUACGGGUACACUUACUGCUAAUAAGCAAGAGCAGAAACCGUUCAAGAUCUACUUGGAAGGCACGCUGCUGAAAGAUGAGCUGAAGUUGAAUCUGGAUUUCACGCCGGGCGAGACUGGCAAAUUCCUGAAGGACGUGAGUUCUGAGGCACUUGCGCUGAUUACGCCGGGGAAGAAGAAGACGGUAUAGACAGAGAUAUGAGUGCGCAUUCUGCUUUUGCAGCGAACAAGUGUUCUUUAUUCGAGAGACAUACCAGCUAUACUGCCAUCUGGAAUUUCACGUGAUGAAGCAGCGUUUCCGUAAAUCUCUUGCCGAGGUGCUUGGGCGAGAAGGCCACGCAUGACUAGCGUAGGGAUGCCUGACGCUAACGCCAGGCACCAGCGCAGACGCGUUUAUUAU